CAAGUGUGGAGAGAGGCGGCGGAGGGGUACAGCAGAGAGAGAGAAAAGAGAUAUGGCACAACGGGGCAAAAUAUAGAGCUGUGGAUGCUAAAAAACACACAAUAUGCGCUUUGAAAUCCAUGCGAAUGACAGGAAAUGAAGUUUGGAGGCUGAGGAGGUGAGGCAGCAGACGGCAGGACAGCAGAGGAGACAUUUCCUCCACCUUGGGGGAGGAUCCCUCCACGUAACGCCGACACGCUGCGCUCCGCUCGCAUUUCGCUUUUCCUCCUUCAGCCGUGAUGCAUCAUCUGUAAUGAAGCCAGCCUGCGCUCGGAAAUGUCACUGGCAAACACAGCAAACCCGGAGUCGCUCGGCAGCGUCUUGCUCCUGCUAGAAAGAGAAAACCUUUGAUACAUUUACACAUUUUAUAUUGUAGCCGGAUACGUCUGGAUUUUUUUUUUUUUUUUUUUUUUGAGGGGAGCAACCUUAUCGCGUCGCCUAUUUUUUUUUUAUUUUUUUUUUUAAUCAAAGUAGAAACAUGAAUUCCAUAAGACAGGUGCCUUCCAGGGUGAAAACCAGAAGAAUCGAGACCAAUUUAGGAGCGGAGAGGGAGCAUUUUGACAAGCAGCAGCUUAGCAGUAUCAGCAAAGCCAUCAACUCCACUGAGACGCCUGUGAAGGAGAAACAUGCACGUCGAAUCAUCCUGGGGACUCACAGGGAGAAGGGAGCCUACACCUUCUGGUCCUACGCACUUGGUCUCCCUCUGGCCAGCAGCUCAAUCCUCAGCUGGAAGUUCUGCCACGUUCUGCACAAAGUCCUGCGAGACGGUCACCACAAUAGCCUACAAGACUGCAUGAGACAUCACAGUACUCUUGUGGAAGUCGGGGCACUAUGGGGCAACCUCCAUGACAGAUACGGACAGCUGGUGGCUUUAUAUUCUAAGCUGCUCUGUACAAAGUUGGAGUUUCACAUGAAGCAUUCAGAAAUCCGACCCAACUUAGAGGCCACAGAUGAGGUCUUGGAGCGCACUGCAGGAACAGACAUCAAUAAUGUGUUCCAGCUCACAGUGGAGGUGUUUGAUUACAUGGACACAGAGCUGAGGCUGGCGGAGACAGUGCUCCGGCAGCUCAACACAUCCAUCGCCAUCUCCACUCUCACAUCAGGCCAGUGUCGCCUGGCCCCACUCAUCCAAGUUGUCCAGGACUGUAGCCACCUCUACCACUUCACUGUCAAGCUGCUUUUCAAGCUGCAUGCCUGUCUCCCCGCCGACACUCUGCAAGGACACCGUGAUCGUUUCCAUGACCAGUUCCACAGCCUUAAGAGCUUCUUCAAUAAAGCCAGAGACAUGCUGUACUUCAAGAGACUGAUCCAGAUCCCCAAGCUGCCUGAUUCCCCACCAAACUUCCUGCACGCAGCCUCGCUGGCCAAGCACGUGAAGCCGGUGGUGGUCAUCCCCGACGAGGACGAACCUGAACAACAAGACGAUGACGACGACGACCCUGAGCCGCUGAUCGAGGUCAGCGACGCCUCAUCAUCCAGCGUGCAGGCUCAACCCCAGCAGUUUGACAUAUUUGAUCAGACGUUUGGACCUCCAAAUGGAGGCUUCGAUGACAGGGAUCUGCAGAUUGACAGCCUGAAGCGAGAGCUGGAGAUGUUGAGAGCAGAGCUGGAGAAAAUCAAAGCAGAGGCUCAGCGCUACAUCACACAGCUCAAGUCUCAGAUCAACAGUUUGGAGGCGGAGCUGGAGGAGCAGCGGGCGCAGAAACAGCGCGCCUUGGUGGAAAAUGAGCAGCUGCGCAUGGAGCUGGAGGCCACGCGCCGCCGAAACGCAGAGCAUGAGAGUCUAAUGUCCACCUACAGUGAGGCCGAGAAAAGAUCCCAGGCCACCGAGCAGCGCUACAACAAGCUGAAGGAGAAGCACACAGAGCUGGUGGCCAGCCAUGCUGAGCUGCUCAGGAAGAGUGCAGACACCGUGAAGAUGCUGUCAGCAACCCAGCAGACCCAGGAGGAAGUGGAGAGGACCAAACAGCAGCUGUCGUUUGAGGUGGAUCGGAUCAAACAGGAAGCUGACAUGAAGCUGGAGGAGCAGAAGUUUGAGAUGGAGAGGCUGAGGAGAGAGCUGGAGGAGAAGCUCGCAGAGGUGACGCGCAUCAAGUCGACUCUGCAGAGCAGCGAGAAGACUUCAGAGGAAAUGAACAGCUCCAUGACAGCUCUGCAGGCAGAGAAGGAGCGCUUGAUGCGAUCUGUGAGCGAGAAGGAGGCGGAGCUGUCGUCGCUGCGGCAGGCUGCGCAGGUUCAGCAGUCGUCACUUCAGCAGGAGCGAGAGAAGAGCAGCAGGGAGCUGGGAGAGCUGCAGGGCAAACUGAAGGAGAAGUCAAGUCAGGAGGAGCAGCUGAAGCAGAAGCUUCUGGCCGAACAGUUUGCGCUGCUGCAGGGCACCAUCACAGAGGCCGAGACCAUCAUCCAGGAUGCUGUGGCCAAGCUUGACGAUCCCCUCCACAUACGCUGCACCAGCUCCCCAGAUUACCUCGUAAGUCGGGCAGAGGCCACGCUGAGCUCCAUCGACAAAGUGAAAAAGGGCCAUGCAGACUUUCUGGGCAACAUGGGGGAUGCUGGAGGGCUGCUGAGGGCUCUGACCCAGUUCUCCCACUUGGCUGCGGAUACAAUCAUUAACGGCAGUGCCACUGCACACAUGGCACCCACCGACCACGCAGACCGACUGACAGAGAAUUGCAGAGACUGUGCUACUGAGAGUCUGAACUUCCUGAAGGACCUAAAGGCCAAGGCCACCCUCCAGAGGGCAGACCCAGCCGCUGUCCGCCUAAUUGUUCAAAAGAUCCUCUACUUGGGCCAGGAACUGCGGCCCAAAGGCAUGGACGUGCGGCAGGAGGAGCUGGGAGAUCUGGUCGAUAAGGAAAUGGCCUCAACAUCAGCAGCUAUUGAAGAGGCGGUCCGCAGGAUUGAUGAAAUGAUGAAUCAGGCACGAAAGGACACAUCAGGAAUCAAACUGGAGGUCAAUGAAAGAAUCCUCAACAGCUGCACAGACCUGAUGAAGGCCAUCCGCAUGCUGGUCCUGGCAUCCACAGACUUGCAGAAGGAGAUUGUCGAAAGUGGGAGGGGCGCAGCAACCAUAAAAGAAUUUUACGCCAGGAACUCUCGCUGGACCGAGGGACUCAUCUCUGCAUCGAAGGCCGUGGGAUGGGGAGCCACACAGAUGGUAGAGUCUGCUGAUAAAGUUGUGCUGCACACCGGCAAGUAUGAGGAGCUGAUCGUCUGCUCCCAUGAGAUAGCUGCGAGCACGGCACAGCUGGUGGCUGCUUCAAAGGUUAAGGCAGACCGCAACAGUAAGAAGCUAACGGUCCUCCAGCAGGCUUCUCGCCAUGUGAAUGAAAUGGCAGCUAAUGUUGUGGCCUCGACCAAGACGGGCCAGGAACACCUAGAGGACAAAGAUACCAUGGACUUCUCUGGAUUGUCCCUCAUCAAGUUGAAAAAAGAGGAAAUGGAGUCACAGGUGAAGGUGCUGGAACUGGAGAAUCAGCUGGAGAACGAGCGUCUUCGUCUGGGCGAGCUGAGGAAGAAACACUACGAUUUAGCCGGGGUUCCUCUGGAGCAGAUCUCCGAGGGAAACGGCCUGAGCUCCUCGCCGGCCCACUCUGCCACCCUGUCGCCUAAACCCACCAAACCUGCCAUCAUGAGGAAGCCCGCGCUGGCCCAGAAACCUAACAUACCCCCCAAAACUACGUUUAAAUAAAUGCCUGAACAGAAGAGGAGAAAGCCUCAGCCGAUGGACGAUUGGAUUGAUCGGAGCAAGAUCGCCUUUUUGUGAACACAGGGUUCCCUUUAGGCUGCAUGCUGACAAUCCUCGGUCUCAUCCUCAAUCUAACUGUUCUCCCACCUUCUUUUCCUUCUCUUUCUUUUUUUUGCCAAAAUGGACCUUAAGCCUGAUUUUGACCCUCGAUGCCUGUAAAAGACUUUGUGCCCUUGUUUUUCUUUUUCUUUUUUUUUUUCUUCUUCUUCUUUUUUAAGAUAAAUAACCUGUGCCACCAAGGCGGUACCCUUUACUGUAGUGUUUGGCAUCAAGAACAAAAAAAGGGGAAAUGGCGUACUUUUUUAAGUUGCAGAAAAAAAAGGUUUUAACUGCGUCAUCAACACUGUAUCACAAAAUAUUUUAGACGCCUGAACACUACCGCUUUUAGACUAAGGAUAUUAAUAAUAACCACACAAGUGACAGCGUAUCUUGGACUUAUGUGUCAACUGUUGAAAACUUAGAACACGUCUUAGUGGAGGACACUGUUUUGAACACUCAUUAUAGAGUGUAAUAUAUUUUUCUCAAUGUACACUGCAUGCUAUUUAUGUUGUGGUGGGCGGUGAAGGAAACAAGGGAAACACAUUAUAUAAGUCCACGUUGCUGCAGAAGUUUUAGAUACCUCUGGCUUUGCCGACAUGAAGGACGGUGCUCCUCCACUUGUGUACAAAAAUAGUUCUCUGUCUCUGCAGUACCAGAUGGUCCCCUAGGCCUUGAAAUGUACUGUACUAAUACAUGAUGUAUAAUAUCUAAUAGGACAUACAGUCUGUAUAGGUGUGUGCAUCUCACACCCAUUAUAAUUUGUAUUAUUACGGCAGUCAUCUCUUGAAUGUUCCUCUGAAUGAUGCAAAACUGGAUAUCAUGUAAAUGCGUGCUGAUAGACUUCAUGCUGGCACACAAAUGAAGGGCGCAGGCCUCCUCGGUAGUUAUCAAACGCUUCUUUUAGGCUGAAAAUGGAAAUGUAGGGUCAGUGUAUGUACCAUACAGUAUGAAGGUCUUAAACUCCUCUUUUGCCUCUGGGAGCUUUUCUUAAAGGGUCUUUUUAUGUUCUGUCCUUUCCUCUGAACGAAAUGUCUUUAUACACUCAGAUCUAUUAAUAUAUUUUAGUAAAGAUUAUGGUGGUUUCUCCUUGUAAGAAGUGUAAAUGUCAAAUGAAUAAACAAUAAAUGUUUGAUUUAAAGUCUCAUGGUGGUGUUUCUUAAUGAAGCUUCCAAAAGUUUUUUUUUUUUUCCCAGAUAAAUUUGUUAUGUAUUACAUUGCACUGUACUCUACUACCCUUUUAUAUAAUUUUAACUCAGAAAUU